AUGAUGCUCUCAGCGAGGAGAUGCCUUUAUAGGCACAGCCUCCGAGGCUCUAUACUAAAUACGAACCGUCCCGAUACACGAUCGAAACUCGUCAUAAUUCCUUCCCAAUUACUGUUCUCAAGACCAGCCUCCACGUCGACUCCACCACCCCGACGAAACAUCCGCGCAAUCGACCAAAAAUGGCAGACACGAUGGGCAGAAGAAGACCGAAUCAAAUUAGAACAAGUCGCAAAUGGUCAAUUACCAUCCUCGGGCGUGGAGUCAUCCCAAAACGACCGCCCAAAAUCAUACAUUUUGUCCAUGUUCCCUUACCCCUCCGGAACAAUGCAUAUGGGCCACUUGCGCGUAUAUACCAUAUCCGAUGUGUUGUCCCGGUUUUAUAAAAUGCGUGGACAUGAUGUUUUGCAUCCAAUUGGAUGGGAUGCGUUUGGAUUACCGGCUGAGAAUGCCGCGAUUGAGAGGGGGGUUCAGCCGGCUGAGUGGACGGUGCAGAAUAUUGAGAGAAUGAAGGUUCAAUUAAGAAGUUUUGGGCCAGGGUUUGAUUGGGAGAGGGAAUUGAUGACGUGCUCUCCGGAGUUUUAUAAGCAUACUCAACGGAUCUUUUUGAUGCUGUAUGAGAAAGGAUUGGCAUAUCAGGCUGAAGCUCUGGUUAAUUAUGAUCCGGUGGAUAAGACUGUGCUGGCUAAUGAGCAGGUCGAUGCCAAUGGCUUCUCAUGGCGAUCAGGAGCCAAAGUUGAGCAACUUAAAUUGAAGCAAUGGUUCUUCCGCAUUACAGCCUUCAAAGAGGAGCUACUCAAAGAUCUCGACUCUCUCUCUGGCGGCUGGCCAGAACGUGUUCUGUCUAUGCAACGAAACUGGCUGGGGAAGUCCGAUGGCGCAAAAAUCAAGUUUGCAGUCACCUCCAAACAUAGCGACAAUCGAGAUGUUGAAGUAUUUACGACUCGGCCAGAUACAAUGUAUGGGGUGGAAUACAUUGCACUAUCAUUGGAUCAUCCUCUGGUUCAAGAGACAACCAAGUCGGAUCCUGGUCUCAAAGCUUUCCUUGAGGAGACCGCAUCUCUACCGGCAGACUCGAAGGUAGGCUAUCGCUUGAAAGAUGUCUACGCCUCAAACCCAUUGCAAGUCAUCGACAAGGAAAGUCCACAUAUUUCGAGAGAGCUACCCGUAUUCGUGGCUCCUUAUGUCUUGAGCAGCUACGGAGAGGGAGCCGUCAUGGGCGUCCCAGGGCAUGAUACUAGAGACCUAGCUUUCUUCAAAGAAAAUUUACAACCAGAAUUCAUUCCAGUCGUUAUUCAACCAGAACCCUCGGUUCAAGAAGAUUCGGCCCUUGUUUUAGCACACGAUGCAAAAGCUUUCACAAACGAAGGUUACCUGACAUCUCGAUGCUGGAAAUAUCAAGGUCUCAGUUCAAAGGAAGCUGCAAAACAAAUCAUAACUGACCUUGAGAAAAUCGGCCGAGGCGAAACAGCAGAGUCCUGGAGACUGCGCGAUUGGCUAAUCAGUCGACAGCGUUAUUGGGGCACCCCUAUUCCCAUGAUACACUGCACAAACUGCGGUCCAGUACCCGUCCCAGUCGAUCAGUUACCCGUCAAACUGCCCGAAAUUGGAGGUGAAUGGUUCAAAGCCCAAAAGGGAAAUCCACUCGAGUCUGCUGCAGAUGACUGGUUGCACACGGAAUGCCCAAAAUGUCAUGGGCCUGCAAAACGAGAUACAGAUACCAUGGAUACCUUUGUGGAUUCGUCGUGGUAUUACAUGCGUUACUUAGACCCUAAGAACCAUAAUGAGCCAUUCUCGCCUGCUGUCGCUCGCCCGGUUGAUAUUUACAUAGGUGGUGUUGAACACGCUAUUCUUCACCUUCUUUACGCGAGAUUUAUAUACAAGUUUUUGACACAAACCAAGCUCUUCCCAGAAUUGGCGCAUACUCAACCCAGCCCAGCGGCGCCAGCUGUAUCCGAACCAUUCCGGACCCUGUUAUCGCAAGGCAUGGUUCAUGGGAGAACAUACUCCGAGCCAUCCACAGGCCGGUUCUUACUCCCACAUGAGCUUGAUUUGACCGAUAAAAAGAACCCACUCAUCAAGGGUACAACCGUACGCCCGAAUAUCUCAUACGAGAAAAUGUCGAAGAGUAAACACAACGGCGUCGAUCCUAUGAUUUGCGUGGAAAAGUACGGAGCAGACACGACGCGUGCACACGUCCUCUUUUCGGCACCGAUUGCUGAAGUUCUUGAAUGGGAUGAAACGAAGAUUGUGGGAAUUGAACGAUGGUUCGUUCGGUUGUGGAAGCUGGUGUUGGAUGCUACCACAGCGCUGUCUUCUGCGCCGCAAGGAAAACUGAAUCUGUCGGUGGAGGAUAUUCAGCAAAAGCCACACGCAUUCCUGAAAGUGCCGAAUCUCACCAAUCUUCCCGACGCGGAUAUUGAUGGCUUGCUCGCUACGCACGAAACCAUCGUUUUGGUGACAAAUUGCAUCGAGAAGAACCCCUAUGCCUUGAACACGGUCAUAUCCGAUCUGACCAAAUUGACAAACACGCUUUCCUCCAACCGACCAACCAACCCCGAAAUCUUGUAUACAUGCAUCUCUUCUCUUCUUCGAUUGUUGGCACCGAUUGCCCCAGCUCUCACAUCCGAGGCUUGGGAAAUCCUGCACUCGGAACUACUCCAAGACGCAGAAGCUAUAAACAUGGCAACAACAACCUGGCCAACGCCCAUUCUCACGGACACCGAAGCAAACGCCCUCCGCUCUCGUGGUGGGCAAAACGUUGGCGUCCAAAUCAACGGGAAACUACGUUUUAACGUGACUAUUCCGCGAUUAAUGUCCGGCGCUACCACGGCGCCAUCAUCAGAGACACAAAUCGAUGAAAAGAUGUGGAUAGUAGAUCAGAUCUUGGCGACGGAUGAAGGGAAAACGUGGCUUAGAGAGAAACAUGAUUGGGAGAAGAGGAAGAGGGUUAUUGUUGUUCCUGGGGGAAGGGUUGUGAACAUUGUAUUCUAA